AGGCAUUCAGGGACAAAGAAGGGCCCCCGCACCAGGCCCUUCAUCCUGACGCUUGAGAAUUGCAGCACUAUUGGCCUAGUCCGAGACUGGAGGAAAUGCCCGUCGACACUCCAGCAUGUACUCUGUGAUGUUAUCACGGAUAUUCAUGUACUUGGUCAGGGAGCCUCGACCGACAUCCGCGUCCGGAUUCUGAUACGCGAAGGAGGGUGGUCUCUCGUGGCUAUUUCCAUGAACAAGAACAUAGUCGUUGAGACGGCUGUGAGCAAGCGGGUGCCUAUCAUGCUCAAAUUUUUGUUGCUAAAGGGAAUCUGUCGGGCCUUUGGACGUCAGGAGUUAAACAAAAGAAAGCGACGAAUCGUUGAAGGCAGGUGA